AUGGAUCCUACAAGCGAGAAUCCGGAUGACUUGCGGAAGAGAAAGCGCGAUCCCAGUGUCGCCCCGUCGCUCCCAGACGUGCCUUCGCCCGGCGACAUUGGCAGUGAUGUUGCAGCGUUUCGUUCAGGCCAAGCUGUAGAAGGAUUAUCCGGAUCAACUGCUCCAUUGGAUGUUGCAGCUCUCCCAACGGCGCGGGUCUCAAAACUGCCCAAUUUCGUAGCCGCGCCGAACAACUCGCGUUUCUUUCUUACUCCAGAUGUUCCCGUCAACAGAGCAACCUUUAGAUAUACACCAGCGGGUGCUGCCGAGCCGGGAAAACUCGUCCUUCAUCGUUCAAUCGAGAAUGCACCAACGACAGUCCGAUUCAGCUGGGAGGAUCGCUCUCCUCAUAUUCGCAUCUCACAGGACGGCUUGACUAUAGAAGGUUUCGGAGGUUUCAGGAGUGCUCGUUGCAAUGUUCCUGUGCGAGAGGGGAAAUGGUACGUCGAGUUCAUCAUUGAACGCGCCGAAGACACGGAUGGCCAGAACCUUGGCAAACAUGUUCGAAUCGGUUGGGCGAGACGAGAAGCAUCCUUGAACGGGCCCGUUGGUCUGGACGGGUAUAGCUACGGACUGCGCGACGUUACCGGCGACUGUGUGACGCUCUCCAAGCUACGGCCGUACGGUCGCCCAUUCAAACAAGGCGAUGUCGUCGGCAUGUACAUUUCACUUCCUCCAAAACGCCACGCGGAUCCCAAUGAUCCACUGGACCCUGCACGCCUGUUGCGGAAACGCAUCCCGAUCGGUCUCAAACUACAGCCUUAUUUUGAAACAGCGGAGUAUCCAAUCUCGAGAGAGAUGAAGGCACUCUCAGAACAGGACGACCGGCUACCACCUCCUGUCACGUCUGGCAAGAAAAGGAAAGUGGAGGCACGGCCGGCAAAGAACGUUACUACCGGUGAACAAGGUCCACUUCGACCACUGCCCGUGCUUGAAGGAUCUGUCAUUGCCUAUUUCAUCAACGGCGAAUGUCAAGGAACGGCAUUCACCGACAUCUAUGACUAUUUGCAAUUGCGUGAGACGACGAAACGCAAAGCCGCUAAAGACCGACAAGCUCUAAACCUAAAGGAGCGGCACAACCCUUUUGAUGAUGGCACUCUUGGCUACUACCCGAUGGUGUCAUUGUACCAUGAAGCCGUUGUUCGAUUAAACGCCGGCCCAGAUUUUCAGUUUCCCCCUCCAGACGACAUCGACGCGGUCCUCGGAAGGGUUGAGACUCCUUCGAUGACACGAACGUGGAAGCCGCUCUCGGACCGCUACGAACAAUUUGUCGCCGAGACGUUUGAACUGGAUGAUUUGGAGGAGGAAAUGGCAAAGGAGCGACUCGCAAAUAAGGACAUUGAAAUCAUUUCGGUGGACCCAGAAAAGGCAGCGCAGAGAGAGAAAAGACGAAAGCGAGAUGAAGCUCGCCGUAAAGCAAAGAAAGAGGGUGCACAAGCGGCCUCUGCAAGGGGGAAUAGUGCAUCUACACGCGCACAUUCUGGGACACCCCAACCGCUUUCUUCACAACCAGGAAGUACACCCCAGAUACCCGCAUCUACGCCAGCGGCCAAUCAGCUAGACGCUACCCCGCCUCUGUCCGAUACUGGAUUUGGUGCUCAGAAGAGGGCGCAAAGUGGGGACCACGAUGGGUAUGGGAUGUACUUAGAUGUCGCAACUUCGUCGAGAGAACCAUCGGCCCUCCGUGAUCUCAGUUCUGGGAGUUCACCUAUGCCGGUCAAGGUGGAGGGAGGGAGCCCUGCUAUUCAAUCUCCUAUGCAACAAAGUAGGGAAAUGGAAGUAGACGAAUAA